UUCAUGUUUUUAUGAAUGAUUUAUCUAAUAAGUUUCUUAUUGGAUUCCAUUUCCUAGUAGGAACCAGGAAGAUUUGCGUUCAUCUCAUUUCCAAUUCUGCUCCCAACGAAGCGGGAGAUGACAUAUUGAUAAAACAGCUGAUAACACUGUCCCAAAAUGUCAAUAACAAUCAGUGACGUUUCGCAUUGAAAAAUUAGCAAUUUCGAAUCUACCUUGUUUCUAAAAUGUAUUCUCUAAGUUCCGAGCUCGUGGUGAAAUAAUUAAUUUAAUUGGAUAUUUACUCAACACAAAUCAUGACUACGAAAGAGUUGUACACAAAGGAUGCCCGGAUAUGGGUGGAACAUCCGGAGAAGGUGUGGGAAAGUGCCACGGUGACGUCAGAUUACCGGUCCGGAGUGCUUAUUGUGAAAUUAGAUCAAUCUGGGGAGAUACGACAAAUAAAAAUUAAAGAUGAGCAGAUGCCCCCGCUCCGUAACCCGUCGCUGCUUAUCGGUCAAAACGACCUCACUUCGCUGUCGUAUCUGCACGAGCCGGCCGUAUUACACAAUCUUAAAGUCAGAUUUUGCGACAGAAAUGCAAUCUACACGUAUUGCGGCAUCGUACUCGUCGCCAUCAACCCCUACUAUGACUUACCUAUUUACGGCGAUGAAACCAUCAUGGCUUACCGCGGGCAGUCGAUGGGCGACCUGGAUCCUCACAUCUUCGCGGUGUCGGAGGAGGCUUUCACUAAGCUCGAGCGGGAGCGACGGGACCAGAGUAUUAUUGUGAGCGGCGAAUCCGGCGCAGGCAAGACGGUAUCGGCCAAAUAUGCGAUGCGAUACUUUGCCGCGGUUGGAGGAAAUGCUAGCGAGACGCAGGUUGAGAGGAAGGUGCUGGCUUCCAGUCCUAUCAUGGAGGCGAUAGGCAACGCCAAAACAACCCGCAACGACAACUCGUCGCGCUUCGGCAAGUUCAUCGAGAUCCACUUCGACAACUCGUACCGGAUAUCCGGCGCCAGUAUGCGGACUUAUCUCCUGGAGAAGUCGCGUGUUGUCUACCAGAGCUCCGGCGAGCGGAACUACCACGUGUUCUACCAGCUCUGCGCGGCGGCUGCUAGCUUGCCCGGCCUGCAACUAGAUCACCAAGACUCCUUCCACUACUUAAACCAAGGCGGCAGCCCUGACAUCGACGGGGUCGACGACCUCCGAGCCUUCAAUGAGACUAAAAACGCUCUUACUACUUUAGGAGUGACAGAAUCAGAGCAGCAGGAUAUGUUCACGAUCCUGUCCGCCAUUUUACAUUUGGGCAACAUUCAGUUUUACGAACACGACCCGGACGCCGCGCCCGACACGGAGUGUGAAGACGGCGCUUAUAUCAGUUCAAACGACAAGCACCUGGCGAGGGUAUGUUCACUGCUGGGCGUGUCGAGCGUGGAACUACGGCGCUGGUUGACACAUCGCCGCAUCACUUCUGCUCAUGAGGUCAUAGUGUCCCGUACGGAUGUUUCCCGCGCCAUGUUUUCACGGGACGCGCUAGCAAAGAGACUAUAUGGAGAACUGUUCGCGUGGGUGGUCUGUGCGGUCAACAGGGCGCUCGAUACGGGACACGCUAAGAAGCACUUUAUUGGUGUGCUGGACAUCUACGGCUUCGAGACGUUUGAGAUCAACUCUUUCGAACAGUUCUGCAUCAACUACGCCAACGAGAAGCUGCAGCAGCAGUUCAACUCGCACGUGUUUAAGUUGGAGCAGGAUGAGUAUAUCAAGGAGGAGAUAUCCUGGAAGAUGAUAGACUUCUACGACAACCAACCAUGCAUAGACCUGAUCGAGGACCGGCUGGGAGUGCUAGCGCUCCUGGACGAGGAGUGCCGAGUGCCGCAGGGCUCCGACGGCGGCUUCGCGGCCAAGCUGCACGACAAGUGCGCUAAAUACCCGCACUUCUUGAAGCCAAGAUUCGGGGCAUCUGCCUUCAUAAUCAAGCACUUCGCCGACAACGUAGAAUACCAAGCCGGCGGUUUCCUAGAAAAGAACCGCGACACAGUCUCCGCGGAGCAGUUGGAGUGCGUGCGAGCGGCGUCCUGCCGCCUGUUGCGAGCCGUUUUGCCGCCGGAGCAGGACGCCGCCGUCGCUUCUGCCACGCUGCCGCUACGUCGUCGAAACGCACCCGCACCUUCACCCAGUCUUACGCAACCGCCGCGCCGAGCGUCCGGCGGCAAACAGACAGUGGGCUCCCAGUUUCGGGCUUCCCUCUCCGCCCUCAUGGCAACCCUGUCUGCCACCACGCCGCAUUACGUGCGCUGCAUCAAGCCCAACGACACGAAGGAAGCCUUCCGCUUCGACCCGGCGCGGGCGGUGCACCAGCUCAGAGCAUGCGGUGUGUUGGAGACCAUCAGGAUAUCAGCUGCCGGCUUUCCUUCAAGGUGGCUGUAUCAAGACUUCUUCCAUAGGUACCGUCUUCUCUGUCCCCACAAGGACAUCGACCGGCGGAACAUCAAGGCGACCUGCAGUAAGAUUCUGGCAAAACAUCUGAAAGACCCGGACAAAUACCAGUUCGGGGCUACCAAGAUAUUCUUCAGGGCUGGCCAGGUGGCGUAUUUAGAGAAGAUUCGCGCCGACAUCCAACGCUUAUACUGCGUUAGAGUUCAAAGUUGCGUGCGCAGAUUCGUAGCGAGGAAGAAGUAUCUGCGACUCAUGUCUGCUUUGAAAGGUCUUCAGGCAAGAGCAAGAGGAUUUCUGGCUAGACGCAAAGCGCAAGAGGUCCGCCGCAACCGAGCCGCUGUCAAAAUACAACGCAGCGUCCGCGGCUGGCUGGCUCGUUCCAAGUAUCAACGGCUGAGACGGCUGGCGAUAGGGCUCCAAGCACGAGCCCGGGGGCUCCUGGCGAGACGAUUGUAUAAGGACAAGAGGAGAGUUAAGGCGGUCUUGACAAUACAACGCUACGCCCGCGGCUAUCUUGCUCGAAAACGCGUGAAGAAGAUGAGACGGCAGAUCGUCAUAGCGCAGGCAUCUAUCCGCCGCUUCCUAGCCCGCCGCCAGUACAAGCGUCUACGCAUCGAAGCUCGCAGCCUCGACCACGUGAAGUCCCUCAACAAGGGCCUGGAGAACAAGAUCAUCAGCCUGCAGCAGAAGCUCGGCGCGGCGCUCGAGCGGGCCAAGGGCAUCGACCCUCUCGCGCUGCAGGUGGCUGAGCUGAGCCUCGACCACGUGAAGUCCCUCAACAAGGGCCUGGAGAACAAGAUCAUCAGCCUGCAGCAGAAGCUCGGCGCGGCGCUCGAGCGGGCCAAGGGCAUCGACCCUCUCGCGCUGCAGGUGGCUGAGCUGAGCCUCGACCACGUGAAGUCCCUCAACAAGGGCCUGGAGAACAAGAUCAUCAGCCUGCAGCAGAAGCUCGGCGCGGCGCUCGAGCGGGCCAAGGGCAUCGACCCUCUCGCGCUGCAGGUGGCUGAGCUGAGCCUCGACCACGUGAAGUCCCUCAACAAGGGCCUGGAGAACAAGAUCAUCAGCCUGCAGCAGAAGCUCGGCGCGGCGCUCGAGCGGGCCAAGGGCAUCGACCCUCUCGCGCUGCAGGUGGCUGAGCUGAGCCUCGACCACGUGAAGUCCCUCAACAAGGGCCUGGAGAACAAGAUCAUCAGCCUGCAGCAGAAGCUCGGCGCGGCGCUCGAGCGGGCCAAGGGCAUCGACCCUCUCGCGCUGCAGGUGGCUGAGCUGAGCCUCGACCACGUGAAGUCCCUCAACAAGGGCCUGGAGAACAAGAUCAUCAGCCUGCAGCAGAAGCUCGGCGCGGCGCUCGAGCGGGCCAAGGGCAUCGACCCUCUCGCGCUGCAGGUGGCUGAGCUGAGCCUCGACCACGUGAAGUCCCUCAACAAGGGCCUGGAGAACAAGAUCAUCAGCCUGCAGCAGAAGCUCGGCGCGGCGCUCGAGCGGGCCAAGGGCAUCGACCCUCUCGCGCUGCAGGUGGCUGAGCUGAGCCUCGACCACGUGAAGUCCCUCAACAAGGGCCUGGAGAACAAGAUCAUCAGCCUGCAGCAGAAGCUCGGCGCGGCGCUCGAGCGGGCCAAGGGCAUCGACCCUCUCGCGCUGCAGGUGGCUGAGCUGAGCCUCGACCACGUGAAGUCCCUCAACAAGGGCCUGGAGAACAAGAUCAUCAGCCUGCAGCAGAAGCUCGGCGCGGCGCUCGAGCGGGCCAAGGGCAUCGACCCUCUCGCGCUGCAGGUGGCUGAGCUGAGCCUCGACCACGUGAAGUCCCUCAACAAGGGCCUGGAGAACAAGAUCAUCAGCCUGCAGCAGAAGCUCGGCGCGGCGCUCGAGCGGGCCAAGGGCAUCGACCCUCUCGCGCUGCAGGUGGCUGAGCUGAGCCUCGACCACGUGAAGUCCCUCAACAAGGGCCUGGAGAACAAGAUCAUCAGCCUGCAGCAGAAGCUCGGCGCGGCGCUCGAGCGGGCCAAGGGCAUCGACCCUCUCGCGCUGCAGGUGGCUGAGCUGAGCCUCGACCACGUGAAGUCCCUCAACAAGGGCCUGGAGAACAAGAUCAUCAGCCUGCAGCAGAAGCUCGGCGCGGCGCUCGAGCGGGCCAAGGGCAUCGACCCUCUCGCGCUGCAGGUGGCUGAGCUGAGCCUCGACCACGUGAAGUCCCUCAACAAGGGCCUGGAGAACAAGAUCAUCAGCCUGCAGCAGAAGCUCGGCGCGGCGCUCGAGCGGGCCAAGGGCAUCGACCCUCUCGCGCUGCAGGUGGCUGAGCUGAGCCUCGACCACGUGAAGUCCCUCAACAAGGGCCUGGAGAACAAGAUCAUCAGCCUGCAGCAGAAGCUCGGCGCGGCGCUCGAGCGGGCCAAGGGCAUCGACCCUCUCGCGCUGCAGGUGGCUGAGCUGAGCCUCGACCACGUGAAGUCCCUCAACAAGGGCCUGGAGAACAAGAUCAUCAGCCUGCAGCAGAAGCUCGGCGCGGCGCUCGAGCGGGCCAAGGGCAUCGACCCUCUCGCGCUGCAGGUGGCUGAGCUGAGCCUCGACCACGUGAAGUCCCUCAACAAGGGCCUGGAGAACAAGAUCAUCAGCCUGCAGCAGAAGCUCGGCGCGGCGCUCGAGCGGGCCAAGGGCAUCGACCCUCUCGCGCUGCAGGUGGCUGAGCUGAGCCUCGACCACGUGAAGUCCCUCAACAAGGGCCUGGAGAACAAGAUCAUCAGCCUGCAGCAGAAGCUCGGCGCGGCGCUCGAGCGGGCCAAGGGCAUCGACCCUCUCGCGCUGCAGGUGGCUGAGCUGAGCCUCGACCACGUGAAGUCCCUCAACAAGGGCCUGGAGAACAAGAUCAUCAGCCUGCAGCAGAAGCUCGGCGCGGCGCUCGAGCGGGCCAAGGGCAUCGACCCUCUCGCGCUGCAGGUGGCUGAGCUGAGCCUCGACCACGUGAAGUCCCUCAACAAGGGCCUGGAGAACAAGAUCAUCAGCCUGCAGCAGAAGCUCGGCGCGGCGCUCGAGCGGGCCAAGGGCAUCGACCCUCUCGCGCUGCAGGUGGCUGAGCUGAGCCUCGACCACGUGAAGUCCCUCAACAAGGGCCUGGAGAACAAGAUCAUCAGCCUGCAGCAGAAGCUCGGCGCGGCGCUCGAGCGGGCCAAGGGCAUCGACCCUCUCGCGCUGCAGGUGGCUGAGCUGAGCAGCCUCGACCACGUGAAGUCCCUCAACAAGGGCCUGGAGAACAAGAUCAUCAGCCUGCAGCAGAAGCUCGGCGCGGCGCUCGAGCGGGCCAAGGGCAUCGACCCUCUCGCGCUGCAGGUGGCUGAGCUGAGCCUCGACCACGUGAAGUCCCUCAACAAGGGCCUGGAGAACAAGAUCAUCAGCCUGCAGCAGAAGCUCGGCGCGGCGCUCGAGCGGGCCAAGGGCAUCGACCCUCUCGCGCUGCAGGUGGCUGAGCUGAGCCUCGACCACGUGAAGUCCCUCAACAAGGGCCUGGAGAACAAGAUCAUCAGCCUGCAGCAGAAGCUCGGCGCGGCGCUCGAGCGGGCCAAGGGCAUCGACCCUCUCGCGCUGCAGGUGGCUGAGCUGAGCCUCGACCACGUGAAGUCCCUCAACAAGGGCCUGGAGAACAAGAUCAUCAGCCUGCAGCAGAAGCUCGGCGCGGCGCUCGAGCGGGCCAAGGGCAUCGACCCUCUCGCGCUGCAGGUGGCUGAGCUGAGCCUCGACCACGUGAAGUCCCUCAACAAGGGCCUGGAGAACAAGAUCAUCAGCCUGCAGCAGAAGCUCGGCGCGGCGCUCGAGCGGGCCAAGGGCAUCGACCCUCUCGCGCUGCAGGUGGCUGAGCUGAGCCUCGACCACGUGAAGUCCCUCAACAAGGGCCUGGAGAACAAGAUCAUCAGCCUGCAGCAGAAGCUCGGCGCGGCGCUCGAGCGGGCCAAGGGCAUCGACCCUCUCGCGCUGCAGGUGGCUGAGCUGAGCCUCGACCACGUGAAGUCCCUCAACAAGGGCCUGGAGAACAAGAUCAUCAGCCUGCAGCAGAAGCUCGGCGCGGCGCUCGAGCGGGCCAAGGGCAUCGACCCUCUCGCGCUGCAGGUGGCUGAGCUGAGAGCAAAACUGGAAGGCCUCAAACUGGUAGAAAUUGAAGUGAAAACCCUGAAAGUAGACAGGGUAGAAAAGGACAACCUGAUCGAGUCGCUAAAAGCUGAAUUAGCGCAAGAGCGAGACAGCAACAAGGUCAUGGUGGAGCAGAUGGAGGAAAUGAAACGGAAGUAUAAGAAAGAGAAGGAAGAUUUGGAAAUGGAGAGCGAGAAAUUAGCUAACGAGUUGAGAAGCAACAAAGAACAUUACGAGCUGGCUAUAGAAGACCGUGACAAGCAGCACGAGCUGGAGAAAAAAGCUCUCAGCGCAGAACUAGAGGCAGAAAGGCAGAGCCGGCAGAAACUGCUGUCUUCGCAGUACGAACUGCAAGAGCGGUUGGACUCCUUGCAACGAGCCCCACCACCAAAAGAACACAGGCGCUCUCUGUCGGACGCUAGCACCAACUCACAGCAAGAAACUACCGUUGAAGAUGACUACGGGUACGGGUCGGUCCGUUCCGUGGAGACCACGAGACCGGCGCUGGAAGCUGUCAACUGGUCCGCCGGCUCGCACAACGGGCCCAGUCCGAUCGCAGACGCCGGCUUAGUCCUUCGCAUGCAGAACAGAAUAUCGGCGCUUCAGAGCGAGUUAUCCCGCACUGCCAAACGAGCCAACGAUUUGGAGGAACGGCUUAUGACUCGCCUCUCGUCGCCGCCCACCAACCCCAACAUAGACAGAUUCAAGGUUGAAGAGCUGGAGAUUGAGAACAAGAAGUUGCGAGAACACCUGGACCGUCUGAGAGCUGCUGGAGACAGCAUCCUGGUCUCCAAGGAAGUUAUUUCUCAACUUGGCGUGAUGCAGCAAGAACUGGACAGAAGGAGGGAUGAGUGCAUCCAACUAAAGAGUGUACUGUCCAACCAGACGGUGAAUCUAAAGUCGCUUGCGACUUCCAACUACGGGUCGGACGUGGACAUCAUUAACGAAGAUGGCGAGCUGGCAUCUGCUUACGAAGCGCAGAAGGGAAUUAACAGACAACUACAAGAUGAGUUGACAGCCGAGAAGAAGUUCUAUUCCGAGCACAUAUCGAAGACUAAAGCUGAGAUCGAGCGACUUCGGGAAGAAAACGAGAAAUACCAGAAGUUGCUGAGUGCAGACUUGAGCCAGGAGCCGAAGAACAAAAACCAGGAGUUUGCUCAGAAUGAGAUCAUUCGGCUGGCAGCAGAGAGCUUGGCUUUGCAGGAACGAGUGGACAAACUAUCAGAGAGCUGCCGCCGCUACAAGAACCAGAUACGGUUGCUGGUGAACAAACUGAAGGAAGCUGGGAUAGAGGAUGUCAACGAUAUCUUAGAGACUACAGAAACAGUGGUGCCGAAUGUUUCUAUAGGCCUAGAGAUCACGCCGGUGACGCGCAAGAAAGAGAGGGAGUAUCUUGGGAUGUUCGAGUACAAGAGGCAGGACGAAGCUAUCAUUAUCAAGAAACUUAUUACAGAUCUGAAGCCAAAAGUGGCCGUAACACUCCUCCCAGGCCUACCCGCCUACAUCUUAUUCAUGAUGCUGCGUCACAUGGACCACGUGGAUGACGAACCCAAGAUGCACCAGCUUAUGAAGGCCGUCCGGACCGGCGUCAAGAAGACCCUUAAGCGACGCGCCGACAGCGUGGCUUGCAACGCUCUGUGGCUGGCCAAUAUGCUCAGGCUACUGAACAACUUACGACAGUACAGCGGCGACGCGGUGUACCAGAGCGCCAACACGCCGCGCCAGAACCAGCAGUGCCUGCGCAUAUUUGACUUAUCAGAGUAUCGCCAGGUGCUCAGCGACAUCGCCGUGUGGAUCUACCAGGGACUGAUCCACCUCCUAGAACGGCAACUAGAGCGCCUGAUAGUGCCGGCGAUCCUCGAGUACGAGGAGAUCAGCGUGCGCCCCGGGGCUGUCCGGGCCCCAGCCGGGCCUGGGCCCGCGGGCCCCGCGAGACUGAAUCAUGACCUGUCGGCCACGCAUGAUAGUUUGCGAUCGCACGCCGUCGGCGCACCGCUUAUUGGGAUGAUUUUUAAGCAGUUGUUCUACUACAUCUGCGCGUACAGCCUGAACCAGCUGCUGCUUCGCAAGGACCUGUGCUGCUGGGCCAAGGGGCUGCAGAUCCGGUACAAUAUCUCACACCUCGAGACAUGGAUCAAGGAGCACCUCGCCGAAUAUGGACAGAAGACCGUGGAAGAGAUAUUAGGAGUUCUAAAGCCCAUCACACAAGCAGUUCAUCUCUUACAAGCCAGAAAAUCCAUGGCCGACGUGGAUUCCACUGUCGACAUGUGUCCAGACCUCACCGCUAUGCAAGUCUGCAAGCUCCUCAAUAUGUACACACCAGCCGAGGAGUAUGAAGUGAAAGUGACUCGCGAGUUCAUCCAUGAGAUCCAGAAGAAAAUGCUCGCCAAGGCUGGACCUAACCUCGACAAGGAACCGCAAAACCUACUGAUGGACUCCAAAAUGAUAUUCUCCGUUCAAUUCCCGUUCGAUCCGUCACCGAUCCGGCUCGAAGCUAUCGAGUUGCCAGAAGUACUCGAAUUGGACGGCCUCCUAACCAAGAUUUAAGGACGCUCGCGAGCAAGGUUCGUUCGCCGGCGAAUGCUCGCCGAGUACAUGCGAAUGUGACAUUACUUGGGAUUUACGGUCGAUGAAUACUUGUUACCCGACUGCCGGAGAAGGGGUUAUGUUAUUUAGAAUGUUCGUGGUCAGAUCAGGACUUCUAGAGUUAACCCCCAAAAAAAAAAAUGUGUCUGUCUAACUUAGACAUAGUACUUCCUAAUAUACUGGAUAUGUCUAAAUGACAGUUAAUAUAGCAAUCCCAGAAAGGGGGGUUUCUCAAAACCUAAAGUUUGAAAUGAGUAUCACUCCAAGUCAUUUAUAAGAAAAAAAAAUAUGCCCCAAAAAUUUUACACUAUUUCAAGAAUGUCACAUUUACAUAAAAAAAAAAUAAUGAUAUUAAUAAUUUCCAAUAUACUUAUACUUAUGGACAUUAUUGUCUUUAUUGCCUUUAAGCAUUUAUUUAUACUAUUUCUAUAAUUUAUUUAUUCCCCAAUUUAAAUUUGAUUAAUAUACAUUCCAAUUUUGAAUGCCAUAAUUUAUAAAAAAUAUUUACAAAAUCUAUGAGAGUAUACAAUUUUUUUUCUAAUUUGUGCCAUUUUUUCUAUAGAAGAAUUUAUUUUUGUUUUUGAGUGUGUUGAAAUCAAUUUAUUGUUUAUUUUUUUCCCAAUUUAAAGUAUUUCGGUAUGUGUGUGCUAUUUUCAAUGUUUGCUUGGUGCAAUAUUAUUUUUAAUAGAAAAACAUAAUUUUAAACUUUGAGAUCAAUAAAAAAAGUUAAUGCUUAAUAAUAAACAAUAAAGUAGAAAUAAAAAAAUAUAGACCAACCAGAUUUUAGCUGCAUUUUAUAUGAGAUAAUAAAUAAAGUACUUUUAUAGCGAUUAGAAAAAGUAUAUUUGACAAAUGUUUAUUAAAUUAAUAUUAAUCACAAGACAUUCCAUACAAAAUAUAUUUAAAGAAUUGCAAUUAAUAUAAAUUAUUAAAAAUAUAUCACGGUCAAAAUUGCCAUAAUAUAAAUAAUUAUGAUUGUUCACACACAUUCUCUUCCUAAUAAAACGAACUACCCGCUUUUUAUAGCACCAUAAGUAUAAAUCAACUAUAUGACAUGGGGUCAUUUUGACUAUGGGGCAAUUACAACUAUUUAGAAGUUGGAAUUGCCUAUUUACUAGUUCUGUAUGUAGUGCCUAUUUACUAAUUUGCCCCUUUCUGUGGCUAAAUGUAUUGCUUGGAGAGUUUUAUUCCUGUUUUUACCCAACUGCCCCAGAAGAAAGGUUUUCAUAUAAAAUCAAGCAUAUUUAGCUUACCACGAGGGGUUAAUGGGACUAUUAAUAAUUUGUAUUUACAAAAUCUUUAAAAAUUAUAUUUCUGAGAUAGUUGGAUUUGCCCCAAAGUUGAAUUUGCCCCAGGUCAAGUCGACUCUAUAACAGUAAUUAUUUUCAUUCCUAUUUUAUAAUUCCUACUUAGUUAUAUAUUUUUUACAAUCAACGAAGUUAAGUUUUAAAUACAUUUAAGUUUAUUUACUAUGAUAAUGUUUGUUAGACAGUUUAUAAAUAAUCAGGUUUGACUUAUAUUAAUGUAUUAUUAGUUAUUAAAUAAAAUAAGCGAAUAUAUUAUGGUGUUCAUCGAAAUACAAUUAUAUUUGUCGAUUCUUUAGACUUUAGCUAUAUAAAAAUGUUAUAAUUCACGAUAAUUUAGCAACUGAAGUUUCAAAUAAAGUGAAAAUCCUGAGUACAACCUAUAGCUUUCGUUCUAGACAAAAAAUACAUACGCACCCCAGUAAUUUUUGGUCUCGGUCGCGCGGGUUGCGGGGAGUUUGAUCUGAGCAAUCCGAGCGGCAUUAUUGUAGUGUGCGUGUGCAGUCAUGGAUAAUUUAGCGUGUACCAAUAACACUCAAACAUUAGCGGAAGAAUGGUGGGGCGCGUCUUCAUGGAUGAAACGAUCUAUAAAUAUCUGAGUUUGUUUAAGUAUUGAUCAAACUCUACCCUCUAUUUGUAAUGGGGCAAAGCCAUCGAUGGUAGCGUAAUGACACAUUUUACUUGUCAUUUUUUUAAUUUAAGCUCUACUUAUUACUUUAAUUAACUACAGAAUAACUGAAGUCUAAAUAUUCGACAAAGUAUUAUUAAUUGCUAAUCCAUUAGUUAUUGUUUGUUGUAAGGUAUACACAUAGACAUUAGAUAAAGUUGUUCUUAGCCGCAAAAAUGCAAAAUCACCUUUUAAUUUUUAUUUUACUUAAUACUAAUGGAGAAAUAAAACUAUACUGGAUAUCGAGUUAAUUUAGGGCAUUCCUUUUACGAUAGCGAACUUUAAAAUGUAUUUCGUUUAAUAAUUUUAUUAAAUAUACAAAGUUAUAUUGUGAUGUUAGUCCACUCAGAAAGCCUUAUUAUUAUACUCGUAGUAACAUAACACCGUCACUUUAAGUUUCGUUUGCCUCCUGUCCCAUAAAAACACAUUCCGUUUCCAUAGCAACUUUAUUAGCAUAAUAAUAAAGGUGAUUUUGCACUUUUGCAAAGUUUGUAAAAGUAUAUAGAUAAAUAUAAACAUAAAAACAUCGUUACCAUGUUAAUUAAUGUCAGCUUAGGUGCUUGGACACGUUUGUUAUAAAUAAAAAUAGCUUAAAUAUAUUUAUAUAGCAUAAUAUUUAGUGUAAUAGAUGAAUAUUUAUUGUUUGUACUUAAAAAGAUGUACUUAAUUUUUGUCGUAAUAAAGUUGAAGAUUGACCUGAUUUUAGAAUAUUUAUGACAAAGACGGUAAAACGAGAGAAGUUCAAAAAUGUACAAAUUACUGUUUUGUUUAUUAUACACUAGCUUUCCGCCUGCGGCUUCGCCUGCCCGGAAUUUUGUCUGUGACAGAAAAACUUUAUCGCGCGCGUCCCUGUUCCAAAAAACCGGGAUAAAAACUAUCCUAUGUCCUUUCCCGGGACUCAAACUAUCUCUAUGCCAAAUUUUCAAAAUUCAUCAUAAUCGGUUCUCUGGUAUAGGCGUGAAAGUGACACAGACAGACAGAGUUACUUUCGCAUUUCUAAUAUUAGUAUAGACUAGCUGCUCCGGCUAUGUUCAUAAAAAAACACGUAGGAUUCUCAUGGUGAAAGAAUUUUUCAUAUCGAUACAGUAGUUUCUGAGCUUAUUCAAUACAAACAAUCAACACUUUCCUCUUUAUAAUAUUAGUGCAGAUUCACUCAGCUGUGGGCUUUAUUCUGAGGUAGGCAGCAACGUUAUUAUUACAGAUUCCAUACCACAGUUUAAAAGUUAAAACUGAGUGAUUUUUGUCCUGUGAUUCCCUCAUUCAAUAUUAAAAUGACUGCCGCAUAAUUUAUAGAAUUUUGAUUCUUCUUGUCGUGUCGACAACAAACCUACACAGUAUCAGCCUGAAACUCUGCUACAAGAGUGGAUUUUCCAGUAGCUUUAAUUAAAUCUACCUGUGUGCAGUUGUUUGGGCACGCAGGGCACUUAAAUAUACGAAAAAUUAUCUUGGGAUUUUCACAUCUCUUUAUAGCUACUACUUUACCGCCUUUGUCAUAAAAAUUAUAUAAAACCUCCUUAUAUUUAAAAUGUAUGUUGUACCUAUUUGAUAGUGAGAUAUGGUAACUAUAGAAGGUACUAAAAGUAUAAAAAAUUAUGAUGUAUGUAUUUAUAAUUAGGUGCUCAAGUUAAAACUGUACGUGUUAAAUUAUAUUCCAAAUUAUAUUAUUGUAUUUAAUGAUAUUUAUUAAUGUUAUACAUGAAAUCUAAAGUCUUCUGUCGAUUCAACAAUGCAAUGCUAUUAUUAUACAUUCCUUGUUAUUUGUGUUUAGCGACAAUACUGCAUGACAAUCUUGUAAAAAAAACAUAGAAAAUUACUUGAAAAAAUUGAUUUAACCGCCUUGCGUUGCCUGGUGGUUUGCGAACUGAAUAAAGCCAGGUGCGUUGUAUAUUUAAAUUAAAUAAGAGACAUUUGUGUGUAUCUUAAAUACGUUUAUUUAUAGUAAUAUUUUUUAUUAAUCAUAUAUUUAAGUAUGUUUGUUUAACCGGUAGAUAUGCUACAAUACAAGCCCUGCUCAUUUUUCAUCGAAUUCGAAUACAUUUGUUGUUUUAUUGCCUUUUAUUUUUGCAAGAUUGGCAUAUUCUAUUGCCGCAGUUUAUGUUUAUACAUACUUAUUAAAAUGCCGGGGCAAUUUCACCGAGAUGGGGCUAAUUAACCGAAAAACAAGUCAGUUACAAAGUCGCUUCACAAGUUCACAUAGAAUCACACAGGCGAUUUAAAUUUCAAAAUGUGCGAUUUUAUGUGUUCCUAUAGUUAAAAACACCUCAUAGAUGUAUUUGCCCCAACAUUCCAUAAAGUGGUAAUAAUUAAUUGAAACUUCCUUUAUUAAAAAAAUAUUUGCCGAUUUAUUGUUUUGCAUAAUUUUCAUAAUCCGUACUAAGUGUAUGAGUGUUGAUAAUAUAAAAAAAUCUUGUAAUAACUGUUUUUAGGUAUGUUUUUUUCCUCCGAGAUCAACGUAGUCCUCACAAUUUCCAAAUGAAGGGUCCAUUGCAAUAAUGACAGAUGUCCUUUUUCCUUUCUGCGUCAGUGUUUCACAUAAUACAUCUAUCUCAGUAUAGUUAAAGUUUAGUUAAAGUUAAAGUAAAAUUAUCGAGAGAGGAGAGUACUGGCGCUCUGUAGUACAGGCUUCUCGCCUAGUUCAGACUCCAGUUCUCUCACAAUCUUACCCUGUUCAAUUAGUACAUAGCAAUUUGUGUUUCACUGUAUUAUUGGAUUGUGAAAGAAAGAAAUAAAUGCUUUAUUAUUAUUAUUAUAGUUGUUGCAAUUCACAAAGGCGAGUGAGCUUUACAUGUGUGGUGGCUCGCUACCUACAUCCACGCUACAUCUGUUCGUUUUCCAAAAGUUUUGAUAGACAUUACACUAUCGUUAUGUGCAUGUACACGUACACACAAAUAAAGCUCAUUCGCCUUCGUGAGUUGCAAGAACUAUAUUCAGUCCACAGAGCUAUAGUGUAGUACUCUGUCAAGUACAGUAUGGUAAUGACAAAACAAGAUUGCUCUAAAUUGGUAGCUGUCAUUGAUUUUUUCCAUUCGGAGUUUAUUUAAAAACAAUAUUGCUUAAAAGUCGGAUGGACAAAGCACAUUAAUCAUUAAUGCAGUGUGUACCAAUGUUUUAUGUGCGCGCAGACUAUCUUUUUUUUUUUUAUUUAUAUUGUGCUUAACGGCACAGUCAAAUUUUAUGAAAAUGUGUGAUCUUUCCCAUGAGCCCAGGGCGUUUCCUAUCUUUACCCGACAGGCUUCCCUGAAUGGGAAAAAAUGGGAAUUUUUCGUGUCAAUUUGCCCCGAUUGUGAUUUCGAGAGAAGGUGGGAAAUACCCAUUAAAUGAUAAAUAUCGACACUACAAAAAAUCUUAAUUAUUAUUUAUUGAUCUCUAUUAUAUCGUUCCUUAAGUUAACUGAAGCAAUAUGUUGCAUAUCUAUGUAUAGAGUAUAUUUAUUGCAAUUAAAUAAUUUAAACGAA